AUGAAGAUCUUAAUGCUCCACGGAUCCCGACAAUCGGGCGAACUUUUCAAAGCCAAAAUCCAGGCCAUAGAAAAGCUCACCAAGCAAGCGCUCAACUCCGACGUUGAGUUUGUCUAUCCGACAGCUCCAUUCGCACUAGAGCCAUUAGGCGAGGUCUCCGAACUACGCGACCGACAUGGCACAUGGCGCUGGUUCCAGUCUGAAUCCUUCGAGAGUCUUAAUCAAGGACUUGAUAAGAGUCUAGAUUUAAUCGCAUCUAUCCUCGAGACGUCUGGACCAUUUGAUGGGAUUGUUGGGUUCAGCCAGGGAGCUGCGUUAGCCGUCAUGGUCGCCGCCAUCCUGGAAAAAGAUCGGGGAGCGGAAUUCCGUCGCUUGGAGGCGGAGGGCGGGAUGCCGUACCCCGCUAGCCUUACCAAUGGUGGGCAUCCGCCGCUGAAGUUUGUGGUGGCUAUUUCAGGGUAUAAGGCUUCACAUCCGGCUUAUCAGCCUUUCUAUGAGCCACCUAUCAUGACGCCGAGUUUGCAUUUUAUUGGGGGUAUGGACACUGUGGUUGACGAGGCUACAUCAAUGCGUUUGGUGGAUUGUUGCCUUGGUUCCGCGGAUGAGGCCAAGGCAAGCGUUAUUCGGCAUCCUGGAGCGCAUGUUAUUCCUAGUGGGAAACGACAACUUGUCGGAAUUGUUCACUUCAUCAAAUCUUGCAUUGAAGCGUGA